CUUCCCAUCCCAUAAAAAGCCCCAACUGUAUUUCUUUUAACUAAAGAGAGCAAGGGAGAGAGAAAUUUCUUCAACCAACAGUCACUAUAUCUCCCCGUGCUGCUGCUAGCAGCCACCGGUUUUAACAACCCAGCCGAGGAAGAUAGACAUUAGCUUACAGUGAGAGAUGAAGGAAAAAACAUAUAUAAUUAUAUAGAUAUAAGCAUAAAGAUAUAUAAUUAGAAAUAUAUGUUAUUAUGUGAAUAAGUGUUAUUUUCUGAUAAUAUCACUGAAAUUAAUUUUUAACUUAAUAGAUACAAAUUUCAGAAUUUAAAAAUAUAAAGGAAUCUUAUGCUGAAAGAUAUAUAUUUAUUUUAAUUACAUCUUAAGAAACUUUCAAACUUCAAAAAUGAAAUUAAAAGAAAAUGUGCUUAUAAUUUUAGUAUUUUUAAACUCUUUCUUGUUAAUGAGAGAUGGAAGAUGUAGUGGAGAAGAGAAAGUUGACCACUUCGUUGGAGAAAUACCCCUUGGAGCUGCCACCUUAGCUUUUGUUUUUGAUAACACUGGUUCUAUGAUGGAUGACCUGAGACAGGUAAUUAAAGGGGCUGCAAAAAUAUUAGCCACAACUCUUGCACGAGGAGAGAAGCCUUUGUACAACUAUGUCCUGGUACCUUUUGGAGAUCCAGUUGUUGGACCUGUUGUAAAAACCACAGAUCCUGAUAAAUUCCAAGAAGAACUGCGCAAUCUCUAUCCACAAGGAGGAGGUGAUUGUCCAGAGAUGAGUAUCGGUGCAAUAAAAAGAGCUUUAGAAGAAUCUCUACCACACUCUUAUAUUUAUGUCUUCACUGAUGCCACAUCUAAGGAUUAUGAACUCACACAAGAAGUAUUAUCCCUCAUACAAAACAAGCAAAGUCAGGUGGUCUUUGUAAUGACAGGAGACUGUGGGGAUGUCACCCAUCGGGGCUACAGAGUAUAUGAAGAAAUUGCCUCAACUAGUUCCGGGCAAGUAUUUUUGCUGAAAAAAUCCCAAGUGAACCAGGUGCUAAAUUUUGUGCGUGUUGCAGUACAAAGUAGGAAAGUAAAUCUGAUGUCAGUUGAUUUACCUGCUGGGAGAACAAGUGUGUUUAAGCUGCCAAUUGAUCCAAGUUUAAAAUCAAUUACAAUUUCAGUUAGUGGUAAUCAACCAAAAAUUUACUUGAAAAAUCCUAAUGGUGAAAGACCAAAUGAACAAACAGGACUAAAAGAGCUUCUUAAUCUUCGAAAUAUCCAAAUUCACAGUGUGGAAGACCCCAAGGCUGGAAUGUGGUCCUUGAAAAUUUCUAGUUCAAGUCCACAUACUAUCCGUUUAACUGGCCUUAGUCCAAUAGGAUUUACGGCAGGAUUUUCAAGAAAAUCUGUCUCUGAUUUUUCUGAAACAGAUUUUAGGCCUGUUGAAGGAAUUCCAACCAACUUGUACAUCAAAGUCAGCAAUUUAACAGCACCUGGCCAAUUAGAAAAGAUAGAAUUUCUUAAUUUAAAAGGUACUCCCAUUGGAAACUAUGCUCCUUAUCAGAAUUCAACUAAUAAAGAUGUUUACCAAGUGGAUAAUAUUGAGCCACCUACAGGAUAUUUCUAUAUACAGAUUACUGGAACUGAUGACAUGGGAUACAGAUUUCAAAGAAUAACACCUACAGCCAUCAGCGCUCAAGCUCCAGUUGCACCCACAGUUUUGAUACCCCUUACAACCAAAUUGCUUCAUGGCAAAACUGCAACUUUAGUAUGUGAAAUAAAGAGUCUUGUUCCUUAUCACGUUGAAUGGUCUAAGGAUGGAAGAAGAAUUUCAAACUCAGAGUAUUUCAAAUAUUCUGGUAACAUUACAUUUCAAAUACCGGAAGCCCAACAGGACAAUGAAGGUACCUAUAGCUGUAAAGCUGAAAACGUUGCUGGAACAAAUACUGCCUAUACAAUGUUGGAUAUUAGUGAACCUCCCCCAACAGUAAUUGUCAAUGCCAAUAUGUCAGCCAAACGUGGCCAUAAUAAAAUGAUCACAUGCAAAGUUUACUCAACUGCACCAAAUUAUACUGUUACAUGGUUCAAGAUAGGAGCAGCAUUAGACCUACGUUUUGAUCCAGAUGUUACUAUUUUUAGAAAUGGCACCCUUCUUAUUAGGAAUAUAGAUCAACAUGAUGAAGGUAUAUAUACAUGUGAAGCUCAAAAUGAAGGAGGGAUAUCUAGAAAUAAUACCUAUCUUCGUAUUCAAGAAACUCCAAAAGCGACUGUCAUACCAGAGGUGAAAAACUUUGCAGUUGGUCAAACAGUUACAAUUAGUUGUUUUUCAACUGGUUUCCCUAAACCAACCAUCUAUUGGUUGCGUGAUGAUAAAUUGCUUAUACCAAGUGGAAGAAUACGACUGAAUCAAGGAAAUAUUACCUUAUCAGAUCUUAAUCAACGUGAUGCAGGCCACUAUGAAUGUUCAGCUGUUAAUGCCGCCGGAGGACACUCUGCUUAUGUAACUCUUAGAUAUAUUGAGGCACCACACAUUGUAUGGUCAAACAAAAGAUUAUUAGUUGCGAGUGGAGAUUCUUCAACCAUGUCAUGCAAAGCUGAAGGAAUUCCAAGACCAGAGAUUAAAUGGUUCAGAGGAAGCACUAAGCUGGAGGGAUUACCUUACAUUAAUAUAAAUGAAAAUGGUGAAUUAAAUAUUAUGGGAACACAAGAAAGUGAUGCAGGGAAUUACACUUGUGUUGCUAUUAAUGAAGCUGGAGAAGAUUCAGAUCAAAUUGUUUUACAAGUUGGAUCAAAACCAACUUUCACCCAGCGUCCUAUAGAUAUGACAGCAGAAAUUGAGAAAAAUGUCACUAUACCAUGUGAAGCCACAGGUCUACCAAAGCCAACAAUUUUAUGGACAAGGGCUGAUGACCAACCAGUUAGUUUUGAUGGAAGAUUUAGGCACUCGCCAUCAGGAAGUAUUUUUAUAAUAGGAGCCAUUGUUGAAGACCAAGGAAUAUACACCUGCAGUGCUCAGAACCAGUUUGGACUUGCAGAAUCUUCUGCAUCUUUAUCUAUCACUGGCAUUGUAAAACCAGUUAUUGCUUAUGCCAGCCCAAUCAACAAAGUAAAAAUUGGUGACGAUAUUCAACUCCAGUGUGACGUGAUCUUAGGAAAACCAAGUCCAUCCAUUAUUUGGCUGAGAAAUGGUGAACUGUUGGAAAGUACACAACAAGGACUAAGUUCAGUUUUAAAAAUAAGGAAUGUUACAGUAGACGAUGAUGGUGAAUAUGUGUGUUUAGCCUCAAAUAUUGGUGGCAACACUACCUUUUUCUACAAAGUUGAUGUACAUUCUCCUCCAGUUUUUACUGCAAAUGUACCAGAAAAUUAUACUGCUAUUCGAGGCUCUGAACUUAUUUUAUCAUGCCAAACAGAAGGCACACCUAGACCAAUCAACAUUUGGUAUAAAGAUGAUAGACAAAUUUCUCCAACAGAUACUCAUUAUUACAUCACUGGGACUGGUAAUCUUCAUCUGUACAAUGUUAAUAUUAAAGACACUGCUACUUACAAGUGUACAGCUUCCAAUAAUGCUGGCUACAUUGAGAGACAUUAUAAUGUUUUUGUCCAAAUGUUGCCAGAAAUAGUUGAUGGCACUGAAGAAGAGUUAACAGUUUUGGUAAACAAUCCAGUUUUUCUGCACUGUAAGGCAAAUGGCAUUCCAAAACCAGAAAUUACAUGGAAAAAAAAUUUCAAAGAGUUCUCAGAAAAAUCUGAUGAUUAUGAAAUAAAUUCCGAAGGUCUUCAAAUAUUUCGUGCCAAGUUAACAGAUCAAGCUAUUUAUGAAUGUAUUGCAAGGAAUAGUGCUGGAAGCAUGUCAAAAAUGACCAUAGUAAUUGUGCUAGAACCACCACGAGUCCUCAGACCUGAUGUUGAGAAAUUAAAUACAGUUAUAGGUGAAAGAGUGGAGCUUAGGUGUGAAGUUAUAGGUGCACCUCUUCCUGAAGUGGAAUGGAGGAAAGAUGGUCAGUUAAAGAGUACAUAUGACAAAACACAUAUGGCAAUAACACCAAAUAAUACUCUAAAAAUCCAUUCAGUUCGACUAGAAGAUGCUGGCACGUAUACAUGCACUGCUGAAAACCCCGCAGGAAGGGCUUCAAAACGUUUUGUCUUGGAAAUAUUCACUCCACCAAAAUUGCCUAAGAAUCUUCCAGAAUCCAAUGAAGCUAUUUUUGGAAAUCCUAUCCUUUUGCCCUGCCCUGCUUCAGGCAAACCUAAGCCUGCUAUUACUUGGUUUAAGAAUGGUGCAAAAAUAAACCCAAGAGAGGCAGGAGUUGAUAUUCUGGAAGAUGGUUCAUUGGAAUUUGUAAGUGCUGAAACUAAACAUAAUGGUGUUUAUAAAUGUAUUGCAUCAAAUACUGCAGGAGAUGACUCUUAUCAUACUUCAAUAAGAGUAUUACUACCACCAACUUUAGACAGUAUGGCAUUUGAAGGAUCUGGUGAUAUAAACGAAGAUAAUCCAAAGGUGAUAAUCAAUAAUAACAUCACUUUACAAUGCCCAGUUAAUGCAGACCCUCCACCUUUGGUCUCAUGGCUAAAAAAUGGAGAAAAUUUACCUUCAGAAGAUAUUGGAAGAAGAAUUUUCUUAUCUAACGAUAAAGAGCAACUAACGAUUACAUUUGCGAAACUUAAUGACAGUGCCAGAUACAAAUGUUUAGCAGUGAAUAUAGCAGGAGAGCUUGAAAAGUUAUAUGACCUUGAAGUUCAUGUGCCACCACAAAUUAAUUUGCAAUCAGCCUCUGAUGAAGACCUCAGUGUUAUUGUGGAGUCUACCAUAUUUAUUGACUGCCCUGUUAUGGGAAUACCUCUUCCCACAGUUAAAUGGUAUAAAGAUGGUAAAACUAUUGACUUUGAUGACCAAACACAUUUGAUGCUUUUUGCUGGAGGAAGGCGUCUUCAAAUUUCCAAUACCACCCUAGAAGACAAAGGUCAAUACCGAUGUGUGGCUACAAAUGAAGCCGGCAAAAUGAAAAGGCUUUACAAUGUAAAUAUUAAUGUUCCACCAAGAAUCAAAGAUUCUGAAAAUGUUAAAAGGAAAGAAAUUUUAAUUCAAAAGUCCUUGACUCUCUUAUGCCAGGCAUCUGGAAUUCCCCCACCCAAAAUCACAUGGUAUAAAUCAAAUAAACUAAUUUCCUUCACUAAUUCGAACUAUUCCUUCAAUGAAGAUCACAAAAUUCUGAGGAUUAAUACUGUUAAUGUAACAGACAGAGCACGUUAUAUGUGUAAUGCAAAGAAUACAGUUGGAGAGAGGGAAAAAGUUUUUGAUGUAGUCGUAUUAAUUCCUGCAUACAUAGAAACAGAAUCAAAGAUUAUUGACACAAAAAUUCUCAUCAAUGAAACAGCCCAGCUUAAUUGUGUUGCAAGAGGUGUUCCAAAGGUGAAAUUACGUUGGUUUAAAGAUGGAAAACCUCUCAACUCUGCAAAUAGUCGAAUUGAAUUUAUAACACAUGGACGCCAGCUUCGUGUCAGAGGGGAAGAUUUAUCAGAUAGUGGUAUUUACACCUGUACUGCAACAAAUAAAGUUGGUUCUGAUAAAGUCGAGUAUCGGUUAAGUGUCUAUGCUCCUGCAUCAAUUAAUGCUCUGAAUACUAAUACAUUGCCAAAUGUUUUACAAAAUGGAACAAUAAAACUACACUGUCCAGCUUUUGGUGUCCCAUUCCCAAGGAUUGUAUGGCUAAAAGGAAACAAGUUGGUUAAUGAAGAAAAAGGACACAUUACAUAUUUGGAAAACGGAAUUUACUUAGAGUUAAGAGAUGUAGAUAUCUCGGAUGCUGGAUUUUACACUUGCACUGCAAUAAAUGAAGCUGGGAAAGAAGAUUUACAUUUUAACUUACAGGUUUCAAUACCACCAUAUAUAUCUGAAGGAAGAUUAAUCCCGAAUCCUACUGCAACAGUAAAUACAAGUAUAAUCAUCCAUUGUCCAGCUUCUGGUAUCCCAGAGCCCACAAUAAAAUGGCUGCGAAAUAAUCAGCCCUUUGUGCCAGAUUACUACCCCAACAUACUUAUUCAGGAUAAUGGUAAAAACUUCAUAAUUGAACCAGUAAAACUCACAGAUAAAGCCAUAUAUACCUGUAUAGCAACCAAUAUAGCUGGCAAAGCAAGAGCAAAUUUUGACUUUGCUGUAUGGGUUCCACCAAAAAUCGAUCGCACUGAUAUCCAUACUAAGUUGAAAAUAAUAAAAGGUCAUUCUGUAACUAUCAGUUGUCCAGUGACAGGCAUUCCAAUGCCUGAAAUCAAAUGGCUAAAAGAUCAUGAAGAUUUUAUUCCAGAUCCACUUGAUCUGCGUGUAUUAAUUCUUUCAAAAGGAAUGCAAAUAAAGAUAAGCAAUGCAAGUGAAACUGAUAGUGCUUAUUACUCUUGUAUAGCAGAAAAUCCAUCUGGAUCGGACCUGGAGCAUUUUGAUCUGGAUGUACUUGUUCCACCCAGUAUUGAUGAAUCAAAUAUAGUUUACCAUCCCAGAGUAGUUCUAAACAGAACUUUAAUCUUAGAAUGUCCAGUUUCUGGUGUUCCAAAACCAUCCAUUAAAUGGAUGUUUAAUUCAAUUCCAUUUGAAUACAUUCCAAAUGGUGUUCAACUCAAACAUGAAGCAAGGAUGUUGAUGAUCACUCAUACAAAACCUAGCCAUGCUGGAAAGUAUAGCUGUGUGGCCAAAAAUGAUGCAGGAGAACUUCAGAGAAACUUUGAUCUGGAAGUGUUUGUACCCCCAACUAUACUUCAGAAUGGCCUUACAAAAGAGUUUAAGACGCUCCAAAAUGCAACUGUACAAUUUGAAUGUCCAGUACAAGGAACACCAACUCCUGAAAUCAUGUGGUCAAAAAAUCGUACACCAAUUUUAGAUUCUCCCUAUAAGAACUUACAAGUUUCAAGCAAUGGUCGCAGAUUAAGAAUUAGCAAUAUCAAAAUUGAUGAUGCUUCAACAUAUACUUGUACAGCCACAAAUAUAGCUGGUCAAGCAAAAGAACAGUAUAUUCUUCAAGUACAUGUCCCACCAAAAAUUCGAGAUGAUAAUAUCCAAGAAAAAGUUGAAGCCAAUAAAUCUAAACCACUGUUGCUAGAAUGUGUCACUUCUGGUGUUCCUUCUCCAAAUGUUAUUUGGUUUAAAAAUAAUGAAUUGAUAGACUUCGAAGAAAAGUCCAAUAUGCGAGCUAUUCAAAUUGAAAAUAAAUGGCAAUUACAAGCUAUUUGGACUGAACCAGAAGAUACUGGACGAUAUUCUUGCCAAGCCUCAAAUCCAGCUGGAGAUGCAAUUAAGCACUUUGAUGUCAGUAUACAUGUGCCACCAAAGCUAGAAAACCCUCGACUAGAAAAGAUGGAAAUUAUGAAUAAAAAAUCUAUAACACUAUCUUGCAAAGUGUCAGGUAUUCCAAAACCGACCAUUACUUGGUACAGAAAUGACAUGAUUAUUCCUGCCUUUGGAAAUUCCAAAAAAAGAAUCUUAAAUCAAGGACGAGAACUUAUGCUUACCAAUAUAAAUAUGGAUGACUCUGGCCAAUAUAUGUGCGAAGCUACAAAUGUUGCUGGAAAGGUUCAAAAACCAUUUAUUAUUACAGUGUUUGUUCCACCCAAAAUUGAAGGUUCUGGCUCAACUAACAUUGCUGCAACUGUCGACUCCCGAACUUUGUUAAUGUGCGAUACAUUUGGCAUUCCAACACCUUCAAUUCAAUGGGAGAAGAAUGAUCAUGAUUUUCCCAAAGCCGGUGCACAUUAUCGCAUGCAACAUACUGGCACUUUGGAGUUUGUACAAGUGAAAAUAAAUGAUUCUGGAAAAUACAAGUGUAUUGUGUCAAACAAGGCUGGAAAUGCAACAAAGGAAUAUAAACUUAGUGUCCAAGUUCCUCCUAAAUUAAUUAAUGGUGAACAAUUGAACUUAAAAGUUACUGUAAAUCAUGAAAUUGCUCUGCCAUGUCAUGCAGAAGGCUUCCCAAAACCAGACAUUAUUUGGCGGAGAAAAUCAAAAAUUUUAUCAAAUGAACAAGGUAUGACCAUACUCAACAAUGGUACUUUGGUUCUGCACCGCCCAGCACUCUCAGAUUCUGGUACUUAUGCAUGCAUUGCACAGAAUAAUGCUGGAAGUGCUAUUGGUCAAGUCCAUCUUGAAGUACAAGUACCACCAAAGAUAUCAGUGAACAAGUCACGGUAUACUACUCAACAAGAUAAAAGUGUAGUUUUGCAGUGUGAAAGUCUUGGAAUUCCAAAGCCUACCAUUAGAUGGACCAAAGAUGGACAGGAAUUAGCUACUGAUAAUUAUAAAUAUGCUAUUUUACAUGGAACCAUGCUCUCUUUACCAUUCCCAAGGGCUGAAGAUAGUGGAACAUAUAUAUGCAUAGCCGAAAAUGGUGCAGGUCGAGAUGAAAAAGCAAUCAAGCUGAAAGUUCAAGUUCCACCAACCAUUGAAGAAACAAGUCAUUUAAUGACUGCAACUGUUGGUAGUACUGUAAAUAUUCCAUGUAAAGCUACAGGUAACCCAGAACCUAAGCUAAAAUGGAAGAAAAAUGACAAAAAGUUAUCAUCAAAAAGACCAAAGUUUAUACUUGAGUCUGACAGUUUGAUAAUACAAGGAGUAUUGGCAAAUGAUACAGGCAGUUAUGUUUGCACAGCUACAAACAGAGUUGGCGAAGAUUCCCACGAAAUACUUUUAAGAGUACAAGUCCCACCAAGCUUCAAAACAUUACCAGUAAAUAAAGAAGUUCUUGUCGGUUCACGACUUAAGUUGCAGUGUUCUGCAGAUGGAAUUCCAGUUCCGGUCAUAUCUUGGCGACAUAAUGGCAAUGCUAUCCAUGCUCCGCCGAGUAUAAAUGGCCAAAGUAAGCUUAUUGUAAGAAAUACAGGCAAAGAAGACAGUGGCCGAUAUACGUGUAUUGCCAAAAAUCCUGCUGGACAGCGAGAAACUCAAGCUACUGUUGGUGUGAAAGUGCCUCCACAAAUUUUAUUUCCUCCUGAAAGUCAGGUAAUUUCAGAAGCAAGGGAUGUGAUACUGUCUUGUACAGUUGAUGGUGAUCCUCCACCAAGAAUUCUUUGGAUGAAAAACAGCCAGCCUAUAGAACUGAGCCACCGAAUACAGGAAUUUGGAAAUGGAACCCUUAUUAUCUCAAAUACAACUAGUUUAGAUGCAGGAGAAUACAAAUGUGUAGCCACAAAUGAUGCCGGAAGUACAGAAAGAGUUGCAAUAUUGGAUAUUCAAAAUUCUCCAAAAUUUAAACUGAAACCCAAAAAUACCAAAGUUGACCAAGGAAACCAGGUUACACUGGAUUGUGUUGCUGAAGGAAACCCAAUUCCUGAAGUAACUUGGGUAAAAUAUUCUGUAGAUAUUUCCUCAGAAGAACGCUUUACUCAGCUACCAAACAAUUCAUUGAGAAUUGUGGGAGCCCAACUCACAGAUUCUGGUCUGUAUACAUGUUCAAUUAGAAAUUUUCUUGGAGCAGAACAUGCUCAGGCUACCCUAACAGUAGUUGUUCAUGGCAUGUGGUCAUCCUGGAAUGAAUGGUCAGAAUGCAGUACAACUUGUGGUGAAGGAAGGACAUUCAGAACACGUUUAUGUGACAACCCUGCACCAGUAAAUGGUGGAAAUCCUUGUGUUGGUUCUCAAAAAGAAUCCAUUCCUUGCAGUACAUUGAAUGAUUGUCCAGUUGAUGGCAGAUGGGGACCCUGGCUGUCAUGGGAAGAAUGUAGCAAAACAUGUGGAGUUGGUGUCCGUGCCCGCCAUAGACAAUGUAAUAAUCCUCCUGCACAGUAUGGUGGGAAAGAAUGUGAUGGCAAUAAUGUUCUAAAAGAGCUUUGUAACAAGAAGAAGUGUCCAGUCCAUGGUGAAUGGGGGACAUGGAACCAUUGGCAAGAGUGCAGCAAAACAUGUGGUGAAGGCCAUCAGUUAAGAUACCGUUUAUGUGAUGAUCCUAAACCUGAUCAUGAUGGAAAGGACUGCAUGGGUAACAAUCAUGAGAGCCGACUAUGCACAGUUGGCAGAUGUUCAGUUGAUGGUGGUUGGAGUCAGUGGUCAACUUGGAAUCACUGCAGCCAGUCAUGUGGAGGAGGAACAAGACAACGUUUUCGAGAAUGUGAUUCACCAGCUCCAAAAGAUGGUGGAGCAUAUUGUAAAGGACAAGGAACUAUCACAGACUACUGCAACACUGAUUUCUGUCCAGUUCAUGGACGUUGGUCACCAUGGGGCCAAUGGGGUCAAUGUACUCGUUCAUGCGGUAAAGGACAGCAUAAAAGAUUCAGAACUUGCACAAGACCAGCACCUGAACAUGGAGGAAGAUCAUGUCCUGGUCCUACAGAAGAAAUGGCAUAUUGUAACAAACAACCUUGUCCAGUGGAUGGUGAGUGGUCUGAAUGGAGUGAAUGGUCAACUUGCAGUAAAUCAUGUAAAGGAGGAACACAGGAACGGACUAGAAUAUGCUACGAACCAAAAUAUGGUGGACAGAUCUGCCUUGGAGACAAAAUACAACUCCAAAAAUGUAAUGUUAAGAACUGCCAAAAAAAUAUUGUUAGAGCUCUUGGCAACAUCAUUGGUUUUGUGAAUGAGCGAAACAUUUCAGGAUCCUUAUUGACAGCUCGAGUUGUUACAAAGAAAGAAAAGACACUGGUUAAAGGAACUGUAAAAAAUCUUCCAAAGACUAUUGCCCCAUAUAUGACAAAUUUGAUAUCAAUUUUGAGUCCAGUCUACUGGACAACUGCCAAAGAAAGACAUGGUGCUUACAAUGGUUUCACACUUACAAAAGGAAAAUUCACCAAGCACCUUCAAGUUGAAUUCUUAACAGGGGAGAUUUUGAAAAUGAGUCAUUAUGCCAAAGGUAUUGACAAAGAUGGUAAUCUUCUGCUGGAUAUUGUUGUUCGUGGAAAUGUACCAAAGCUUAAUGAUUCAGGACAAAUCACUUUGGAACCAUACAAAGAAGACUACAUACAGACUGGACCAGGUUCUAUUUACGCAUAUUCCUCCCGGAGAUUUUCAAUGAAUGGAAUCCCUGUGCCAUAUGCUUGGAAUCACUCUAUCACUUAUGAUGAAGAUUAUGGAACAAUGCCUUACCUAGUUCAAUCACUCCAAACAUAUUCUCUGAAAUCAAAAAUAAACUAUGCAAGAAGAUUGGUUAAAUUCAAUUUAUAUUCUAAAAUACGACCAGGUUACCCAAGCAAUCAGUGUCCUCAGGGAUUUUUCUUGGAAUCACAAGGGCUCUACUGUUAUGACGAAGAUGAAUGUCGAGAAGCAGAUACUUGUUCUCAUUUCUGUCACAACUCCCCUGGAAGUUAUUCCUGUUCAUGUGAGCCAGGAUUUACACUGGAUAGUGAUCGGUCAACUUGUAUUGAUAUUGAUGAAUGCGCUGACCAGUUUGAAAGUUGUUUCAAAGGAGAAGACUGCAUCAAUACAAUUGGUUCCUAUCAAUGUUAUCCUUCUUGUCCUCUUGGUUUCAAACGAGAUAAUGACAAACCCAAGUGUAUAGAUAUUAAUGAAUGUGAGAUGCCAGAAAUAAAUAUUUGUGAACAACAAUGUGUUAAUACAGAUGGAAGUUUCAGAUGUAACUGUUUUGUUGGUUACGUAUUUAAUGGUUCUCGUUGCCUUGAUUAUGAUGAGUGUGCAGAAGAUGCAGCUUGUGCUCAAGUUUGUGAAAAUACCCUAGGCAGCUUUAGAUGUUCCUGUCACUCAGGAUACCGUCUUAGAGAUGAUGGAACAUGUGAUGAUAUUGAUGAAUGCUUAGAAAAACAGCAUGAUUGUGAUUUCCGGCACCGCUGUCAGAAUACAAUGGGAAGCUAUCAGUGCACUAGAUUCUGUGCCCCAGGUUUUAAACUAGGCUUUGGAAGUGUAUGUGUUGAUAUUGAUGAAUGUGACUUAAGAAAACACCAGUGCCAUCCAACACAAAACUGUAAUAACAUGCACGGAAGUUAUGAAUGUACCUGUCAGUCAGGAUAUACAUCACAAGGAGUGGGCCAUGAGUGUGUUGAUAUCAAUGAAUGUACUGAAAAACCAGAUGUUUGUUUGCAUCAGUGUGUAAAUACAGAUGGCAAUUAUGAGUGUCUUUGCCCACCAGGUCAGCUCAGACUGCCUGAUAAGAAGUCAUGUGUUGGGCUGGUACAUGUUGAUGAGGAUGCAAGGGGUGGUAGAUUACCCGGGGAAAAUUCACGCAUCUUUGAUGACAUUCCUUUCGAUAGACUCAACAAAUCAAUAUUCCUUUCUCCUCUUGACCCAGACAAGAUCCAGCUGGCAGAUGCUCCAACCUGUCCACCUGGACAUCAGUAUGAUCAACAACAUGCAACUUGCAUUGACAUCAAUGAAUGUGAGAGAUUCAAACAUUGUCAACACAGUUGUGUCAAUGAAAUAGGCUCUUAUAGGUGCAUCUGUCCAGAAGGUUAUAGACUGAAAGCAGAUGGAAGCUCAUGUGAAGAUAUUAAUGAAUGCAAAGAGAGGGCAAUAAACUGUGGUCCUGACCAAAUGUGUUUUAAUACAAGAGGUUCCUACCAUUGUGUUUUAAUACCAUGUCCCUCUAAUUAUAAACAAGACAAGAAUACUAACUAUUGUAUUUUGGAAUGUGAUCCAGACUCAGAUCCAAACUGCCCAGCAAGUGGAACCGAAAUAAUUGAAUACCGCAUUUUAGCAUUACCUAGUGGUGUGCAACCACACCAGGACCUCAUCAGACUUGUUGUUUUCAAUCAAAAUAAAUUGCAGUUACGUAAUACAAUUUUUGAAAUUGUUGAAAACCACAGAAAACUGUUCCAUAUAAGACUGGAGGGUGGCAAAGGUAUAGUCUCCACGAAAAGAACCUUGAAAGGAGGACAAAUAUAUAAAAUUAAAGUUCAAGCUAAAUCAUAUGACCUAGUCAGAAAGUUGCGGUACCAAACCACAUUCAUUGUUUAUAUAUCAAUAUCAGAUUUUCCAUAUUGAGAGACAAAUAUUUUAGAAGUAGAUUUUGGAAAAUACUUUGUGCCAUAUUCCAUAUGGUAUAGAAAAACCAUAAAGUACAAUUCAUUGAAUAUUCAGCACUUUUAACUGAAUAACCAAUAAAUUAUAUUACAGAAGUUUGCUGUGCAAUAUGCAGUAAGCUAAUCAAAAAAGAAAAAGAAUCCUUCCUAAGCUAUCUGGCAAUCAAAUGAAAACUAUGCACUAGUGUGUUGUGUUUGGCUUCAUGUUUUGCUCUCUUCUACAGACUCUGUCAUAAAAUAAUGCAUUAACACCUUUUCAUUACUGCCUAUCAUUUACACAAAAAAAAAGAAAAGAAUGAUAAAAAAAAAUUUAACAACAAUUGUAGUAAUAUUUUUUUUUUUAAAUCUGAGUUUGAAACCAGAAGAAAAAUAUUAACAGAAAUGGAUUUCUCUCAUCACCUCAAUGAUGGUGGAUUUAUUAUUUAUGCACAAAAAAAAAUUUGGCCAUAAACUUUUUUUUUAUAUUUAGCAUUUCUUAGCUGGCUCUUAAUUUUAAUAAAUUAAAUAGAAUACCUAAUUUUGUAUUAUGGUGGUGGAUUUAUUAUUUAUGCACAAAAUAAUUAUUCAGCCAGUAAAUAAAUAAAUAUAUAUAUACAUCACAUACACAUACACAUAUUGCAAAAAAAAUCAAGAAGAAAAUGCACUAGAAUCUUAAUGAUUAAAAAUGCAAAAUAUUCAUGUAUCCAACCAAUUUCACAUCUGCAAAGAUAAUCAGUCCAUUUUCUUCUCUAUUUUCAAUACAAUUUUACACAUGUAGAUUUUUUGACUUUUUCAUUAUAUAUAUAUAUAUAUAUAUAUUAGGGAGAUGUACUUGCAUAGCAAGCGACCUGAUCUGAGAUCGUGUGCUGGAACGAAAACAAUUGCAGCGUGGAAGGUGUUUAUAAGCCAUUUAAAAUAACACACAAAAGCCGUCAGAUUCACUUCAACAUUUAAAUUUAAUUUGCUGAUGCAGCACAGAAUUUUGUCAGUGAACAGGUUGCGGUUUCAAAAUAUUUUGACAAAUUAAAUUUAAAUGUUGAAGUGAA